AUGGUUGGCAUUGUCAACAUCGAAGGGUAUUCGUGUUCGGGAGUUAUCGGCCGAUUCCAUGAGCAGAUAACACCGAAAACCCAGAUCGCGCUCGAUCGUUCACAGCGAAUAUAUCUGAACAUGCGUGACGCCAGUAAUGCACCCCGAAAGCAGGAAUUCAAAGUGCCUGUUGCGGCGAAGUUUUGCGAAACGAUACUCUCGUCACUUGUUCAUUCACAAAACCGAACGGGAGAGUUGUAUCUCAUAAGAAUAUUCGAUUUUGUGUUCACGUUCACAAUCCUUGUUGUGGGCAAGCAUAUGGUACCAUCAAGAGCGACUGGGAAGCCGGAACCUGUCUUGAUG